AUAUUUAGUUCGAUGGCUUCUUUACUUUCAAACCCGGAUUGGUAAAACAAUGUCCUACAUGACUCCCAAGUCCUCUAUAUAUAUCUCCCAUAACUCUGUCUUCCUAAGCAAGAAAACUGAAAUGGCUAAAUGCAACUGUUACAUAACUCUGCUCUUGCCUUUCUACCUUCUUUCUUGUGCUCCUUUUCUUUCACUUGCUCAAAUUAAUUUGCCACUUAAAGCUGUGAAUCUGGGAAAUUGGCUUAUAGUAGAAGGCUGGUUGCAACCUUCUCUCUUUGAUGAAAUUCCCGUCAAUAAAGAUCUUUUGGAUGGAACUCAAGUUCAACUUCUGUCUACAAAGCUGAACAAGUAUCUCAGCCCAGAAAAUGGGGGUGGAACCAUUGUUGUAGCCAACCGAAGUUCGGCGUCUGGCUGGGAAACUUUCAGGUUGUGGAGGAUCACUGAGUCAUCUUUCAAACUAAGAGUGUUCAACAAGCAAUUUGUUGGACUGGAGAAUCAAGGCCAAGGAAACACAAUAGUAGCAGUUUCUACGAAUCCAGAAGGAGAUUCAGAAACUUUUGAGAUUUUAAGGAACAGCGAUAAUCCGAACCGGGUUCAGUUUAAAGCCAGCAAUGGACAUUUUCUCCAGGCACAGACAGAGACAGUGGUAACUGCAGAUUAUGAUGGCUCAGGCUGGGAGGAUGAUAAUCCAUCUGUCUUCCAAAUGAAGAUUCUUAAUGACAAAUAUUUAAAAGGAGAAUUCCAGCUCACAAAUGGUUAUGGUCCAGAUAAAGCCCCUCAAGUCAUGCAAAAUCAUUGGAACACUUACAUCACCGAGGAGGAUUUCAGUUUUAUGUCAAAUAAUGGCCUGAAUGCUGUCAGGAUUCCUGUGGGAUGGUGGAUAAAGUCCGAUACGCCGCCAAAGCCUUAUGUUGGAGGCUCCUUGCAAGCCUUAGACAAUGCUUUUACAUGGGCAGAGAAAUAUGGAAUGAAGGUAAUUGUAGAUUUACAUGCAGUCCAAAGCUCACAAAAUGGCUACGAACACAGUUCAACAAGAGAUGGCUACCAGGAAUGGGGAGAAUCCAAUGUACAAGAAACUGUGGAUGUCAUAGACUUCCUUGCAUCAAGAUAUGCAAAGAAUCCAAGUCUUGCAGCAAUUGAGCUGAUGAAUGAGCCUCUUGCACCUGGUGUCAACUUAGACACCCUGAAGAAGUUUUAUAGUGCAGGUUAUGAUGCUGUCAGGAAAUACACUUCAACUGCUUAUGUUAUCUUUUCGAAUCGCUUAUCAGCCGAUGCAACAGAGCUACUAUCAUUUGCAAGUGCAUUUGAUCGAGUUGUAAUCGAUGUUCAUUACUACAACCUCUACACAGAUUUGUUCACUAACAUGAAUGCACAACAGAACAUUGAUUUUAUCUACAAUCAAAGGUCUUCUGAUCUCGGCACACUCAAUUCAGACAAUGGCCCUCUAACUUUUGUUGGGGAAUGGACUUGUGCUUGGAAUGCAAAUGGAGCAUCAAUGCAGGAUUACCAGAACUUUGCCAAAGCUCAAGUCGAUGUCUACGGACGCGCCACUUUUGGGUGGGCCUAUUGGUCUUACAAACGUGCAGAAUCAAAUCCUGAUACACAAAAUCCUUGGAGCCUCAGGUGGAUGAUUGAAAAUAAUUAUAUAAACCUCAAAGGAGACUGAAUUGCAUAAUUGCAGAAUCUGCAUUGCCUCCUAAUUAUGUAUGAGCUUAGGGUGGUUUAGUGACUUCUUGCUUUAAGCCCUUAGCAUUUAAGUUGUUAUUUGCCUUUAGUACUUAUCUUUUCUUUCUGCACUAGUGCUUGAUUCUUCAGCUUUUCUUGGGUAAUAUUUGAAAAUUAAUAAACGAAUCUGGGCUGCAGAUUCUACCUUUGUAAGUGAGUUUGAUGAACAUAUAUGUUCAAGAAUCAAUGAAUUU